UGUGAACGAGUGAUGCGUGGUUGGGUGAUUUGUAGACAGGUGAUGUGUGGAUGAGUGAUGAGUAAUGUGUGGAUAUUUGAUGUUAAUGUGUUUAUAGUAGAUAAGAUGGACAAACUCUCUGUUUUGAUUCCAUAAACUAUAUGGACUCAUGUUACUAAAAUUAUACCAUAAAACGUAGACACAGACUAUGUUAUCUCCAAUACAAACACUUGGCUUCUUCAGUUCAAUUGAUAAAUUAUCUGCAAUUAAACUUCAAUCAAGAUGAGAAAGAGAUGAUAUUGUGAGUAUGAGCGGAGAGAAAAAUCGAAGAAGUGUUUACCUUUUGUCGGAGAGUAAUAUAUCUUGCAUGUCAGAGAUUUCUGAUCUAAGGAAUUUGCGCUUUGUCAUAAUGUGGAUGAAUGUAAUUUUGAUUAGAGUUGAAUUUAGAUCUCGAGAUGAUGAAUGAAAUCGAAGAAAUAUUGUCCAUGUCCACAACUAGUUUAUAAUUUUGUUAAGAUGUUCAUGUCCACAACUAAUUUAUAAUUCUGUUAUCUACGCUUUCGUAUCCACGUCUACAUUUUGUUUACACAUUAAUAUAUAUAAUAUAUAUAUAAACAUGAAUCUUAAAAGAUAGAUAAUUUUAUAUAUAGUUUAUUAUGAUAAUUAUUUAUAUUUAAUAUAUUUUAGGACUUGAGAUAAAAGUAAAUAAAUACAUAAAGUAGAAUAAGAAAAAAUAAUAAAAUGAAAUAACAAGAGGAAAGAGAUUCUUUUUAGUUUAGGGUCAUAAAAAAUUUUUUGACAAAAGAAAAUAUGUCUCAAGUGAUAAGUGUUUUGUAGUGUAAUUUGAAUGUGAAAAUGUAAAAAAUUCUUAGAUGAAAGAACUUACAAUAGAUAUCACAACUUGAUGUUUAAUAUUCAGAGAAACUAUUUCUUUUCUUUUUUUACAUUCUCUUCCCCUUUCUCUAAAACAACCCACCGUCCGACUCUUGACGAUGCCAUAGCCAGAGCUCAAGACAGCUCGCAUCAACCCCACACAAAACAUAAACUCUGCACGGACUACAUGAGCUUAUAAACUAGAAACCUUUGCUCAACGCCGUGGAGGUUUACAUGGUGAACUCGCUGAAUGAAACCAAUACAAAAGAAGGGGUUAUAUAAAAUAAAUAAUUAUAAUAUUUUGAACAAACUAUUUUUGUGACUUAUUGUUGAUCUGGACCAAAAAAAUAUACUACUAACCUAAGUAAACUAGAUUGAUCCUGUCAGGAACCUCAUUUGGGUGGAGAGGACAAGUAACAUGAGGAUCUUAGCCUUUUUUUCACUUUUUUAAACGUUUGUGCAAGACAGUGUUCCAAAAAAAAAAACAACGUUUGUGCAAGACAAGAAGCUGAGGACGUGACAGAGCUAAAGCUUGGAAAAAUUGUACUAAUUUUCUUUUUAAGUUGUAUGAAACUGAAAACGAUGAACAGAGAGAAAUUGAGUCUCUGGCGCAUUUGUUGAAUCUCAGAUGCUUAAAGAGUUUGCAAUAAGCAAUGAAGAGACAGAGAACUUACAAUCUCAUUUGUUUUUCACUAAGUCAACAAAAAGAAUCAAGAUCCAAUUUUUUAGGUCUCUCUCUCUCUCUAUAUAUAUAUAUAAAGCAUACAGUUUGCCUUGUCAUCUCUUCUUGUCUAUCUAUCACAAGAUCUUGAAACUUGUGACAACACAAACGCUUCUUGAGAGAGAGAGAGAGAGAGAGAGUUCCUAAUCUCGGUUAGCCACCCAUGAAUCCGGAGCAAAACCCCUCACGCCAAUGCGCAGCCUGCGGGGAGCAAGAAGCCUUCCUCACCUACGCCGUCAGGCAAAACCGGCGACUCUGCACCGACUGUUUACUCAAGGAGCAUCGUCACCUCUUCUGCCCUGUUUGUCUCGACGUCUACGCCGCCACCGUCCCUCCUCCUCCAGAAGAGAGCAUCGUCUGCCUCAAUUGCCCUUCCGCCGCCCACCUCGCUUGCCCUCCUCCUCCGCCGUCUCCCUUCACAUGCCCGCCGUGCUCUGACCCCAAUUUCUCCUUCUUCCCCAAAUCUAAACCUGACCAAGAAUCAGCCGACGCUCUCGUGGCAGCGGCCAAAAUCUCGGCGGCUUUGAUGAACAACGAGGCGGCUGAGUUAAAGAAGGAAGCUCAUAAGAAGAUCUUCGCAGCCAAAGAGGCCAAGAGGAGAGCUAAGGAAGCUUUGGGGAAUCUUCAGGACCUUGUUCUCAAGCAAAAAGCUUCGGAGAAGAAGAACUCUAACAAGAGGAAGCACAGUGACCGUCGUUGAUUCACAAAUCUCUCUCUGCAAGAUCAUUGCAUUUAUAGGGGAUUUGUAUGAUAGAUGGGUGCUGGAGACUGUGAGAGAGUUUAGGGUUUAGAUUAGAUUAGGACUUUCUUUUUGUAUAAUGGCGUGCGUGUGUGUGUGUGUGUGUGAGUGAUAAUUCAAACCUAUAAGAAGAUUUCGUCUUUUGUUGUAUUGUUUACUGGUUUGACGGAAGAAGAAGAUUUUGGUUGAUGAGUUGGAACAAACACAUGGAAGGAAGUGAUAUUGCAUUUGAUGA